UGGCAACCAGUAUAAAUUUCUGACGUACUUCUGAUACCGCUUGUUUGGUUUUUAUUUAUAUGUUUGUUGAUAUAUUUGCGACAAAAUGCCUUUCGGAUUGAAACCCAAAUGCAGCAUGUGCAAAACAAUCACAUCCACGAUGUGGAGGAAAACUGAUGAUGAUGAAGUCGUUUGCAACUCCUGUUCUGUCAGAACGCUUGCGAUGAGUAGUAACAAAACUAAUGGCAAUGGCUGUCCUUUUACUUUGAGAAAAAGCACCCGCGCCAAAAGCUCGAAAUUUAAACAGCAGAUUCUUACCAAAAGCAACAACCCGAAGGGCAAAAGUCGCCGAUCUAUUUUUAAAAAAGUUUGCAACAAAGCCCCGACUUCAGUCGCUACUCCAGUUACUUCUCAAACUGUGUUUUACAAAGGUACCUAUUUUCAAGUUGGUGACAUAGUUUCUGUUGUGGAUGUCAAAGGCGGUGUUUACUAUGCCCAACUUCGAGGUCUUCUGCAAGAUCAGUAUUGCGAGAAAAGUGCCGUCAUUACAUGGUUAUUACCUACUCAGUCGAGUCCCAAAGGCCGAUUUGAUCCUGCGACUUACAUCAUCGGCCCAGAAGAGGACAUACCGCGAAAAUUAGAAUGUUUCGAGUUCGUAUGCCAUGCCCCAUCGGAGUACUAUUACGCAAAAGAUUCUCCUUAUCCUGUAGUUCCUGAAAAACCCGAUAGUGGUUAUGUCUGGACCCGGGUUGGACCUCGAAUCGUCCCUUUACCAACAAAGGAGGAAGUUUUUGGUACAAGUUGAACAUCUAUCUCAUCUUCUCUUUAAAUGACUGUAUAAGUUCUGUGGAAUUUUAAAUGUCCUUUGGCAUUAUUUAUAUAUUCUUAUAACUGUAUGUUUCUAAAUGUAAUUUCAUCAUUUGUGAGAUUUGUAUUCAAGUCAAAUCAUUUCAUGAGCAUAUGUGUUCAGAUGCAUUAAAGACAGAUGCUGCUUUGCAA